AUGUCGAUGCCACUGGAGCUCUUAGCGAAUCGCGGCAACAUUGGCUCUUCGGACAAGACUUCGACGGCCACACUCCUCGCGGCGGCCAAGGACGUUUAUGACGUCCAUGUGGCCACAGAAAACUGGCACUUGCUGUACAAUGCCGAGAGCUUGACGUUGUGCGUGAUCGAUGGCGUGUGCGUUGAUGGCGUGGCGGUGUCUCCGAUGGACGAGUCGGCGGAGGGUGAAGCCUUUGCACCGUUGAGGUGGACCGUCUAUGCGCCAAAGGCAAAGCUGGCGACCGGAGAUGAGUUCAGGGUGAUUCUUGGCGGCCACGCUGAUGGCAGCUACGGAUUGGAUGACAUCUUGCUGAUGGGAAGCGCACGCGAGGCUGGAAGUACUGGUCGGAGCGCCGAGACUAGCCCUAGCUCACUGUCGAUUGCUCGGCGGAUGACUGGCAACAGCGACGACCACGCGGUUGUGUCGUCGGUACUGGCCACGGCAAUGGCAGGGACGCGGCUCGAGAUCGGUGGGCACGUAGUGAUGGUGACGCAGCGGCGGGCUGGGGGCAUGGCGGCCAAGGUGCUGUUGAAAGCAAGCAGCGACGGUGUGCAGGCCGACAUCCGGGUGACAGGCGACGGGCGGGUCCGGGCGGUCGUGCGGAGCCGGGCCGGCGUGACGUUGCUGGCUCCUGCAGCAGGUGGGCGGUCGGUGGGUGACAGACGCAGCGUCGUGGCGCAUACUCUCAGCCACGCCACACACGCCGAGUAUCCGCUUGUUCACCAGCGGCUGCAUCCGCACGCAGCCGAACCGCAGGUGUUUGGCACGCACCAGUGGCGGCGGCAGGUGCACGCUCGGUCUGGCGGUGGCGGUGGCGGUGGCAUACUUGACAUUGUCGUGGGCUACACUGACGGUGCGCUGGCGGCGGCAGGCAACUCGCACGCGACGAUUGCAGUGGACAUCGAGGCUGCCGUCGACGAGCUCAACGAGGCGAUGACCAACUCGGGACUGACGUCUCAGUUUGCCCUUGUGGCCACAUUGCAUGUGCCGAGCGUGGAGAACGAGGCAACGACGCCGAUGUCGGAAGUGCUCGACGCAGUGCAUAACCCUGGUGAUGGUGUCGGCGACGGGCUCAACAAGCUCCGCGAUGCGAUGGGCGCCGAUGCGGCGGCGCUCAUUGUCGGCUCGACAGCGACCACAUCGGCAUGCGGACUCGGAUAUUUGACUACAGUGCUUGACGCGAUGCAGACGCCGUCAUUCAUGUUCUCUGUCUCUACGCUCUCGUGCGUGCGGGUCGCGAUGACUUUGGCGCACGAGGUGGGUCACAAUCUAGGUGGUAACCACGACCUUGCGACGACUACAUCUGCCGGGCUGUUCUCGUACUCGCACGGGUAUUUGUUUGGCGGUGGACAGGGGUACCGGACGAUCAUGGCGUACGGGGAUGACGAGGAGCGGGUGGCGCACUUUUCAUCGCCAGCAGUUACAUACGCGUCGAUUGCUACAGGCUCUGGUGGGGCAGACAACGCGGCAACAUUUGAUUUCUCGGCGCCGAUCAUCAACUUGUACACCAAUGCGACAAGUUGCAACACUCUGGGCGAUUGCCCCACCAGCGGCACGGUGUGCACGGUGGCGACGGCGUGCCGCAACCACACGUGUGUGUACGAACAUACGGCGGCGAUGUGCGCGACGGGUAUUGCGUGCGAGCCGGACGGCGUGUGCUCCGAAGGUACGUGCACGCGGCUCGCCAGCUCGCCCAACAACACGCCCGGCUGCAACCGGGUGACAAAGGUGGUCGGCAGCGGCAGCAAUUGCGCGGUCGAGUAUCUUACGUCAUCAGGGCCGCCGUCGCCACCAGUCGGCACGGUGGUCACGUCGCCAUCGGAGCUGGGGACAAUCGCCAUCGGAAGUGGCGGCGAGCGGCUGAUGUCUGGCCUGAGUUUCGGCAGCCUCGGCAUUCCCAAGGGAGCCAACAUUGUGUCGGCACGCGUCUAUCUCAGCGGCCUGGUCUUCACCUCGGCGAACGGCAAUGUGGUGAUCAACGGCGAGCUCGGUGCGACACCGGCUGCGUUUUCGGCGAGCCCAAGCGAGCUCAGUACCCGGCCCAAGACAGUAGCGACGGCAACAUUGGAUAUGUCAACCCGGCCGCCGAUCAACUGGCUAGAAACGCACGAACUGGCGUCGACGGAUGUCACUGCAAUUUUCCAGGAGCUGGUGGACCAGGCAACGUGGACAACAGGCAGCAUGGGCGUUGUGCUCUUCUCGGGCACUGCCAACAUUGUAGUCGCGCCCGGAGGUCAUGCAACGGCGAGCCUGCAUCCACGGCUGGAGAUUGACUAUGACUUUGCGGGCGGACUCUGCGGCAACGGGGCGGUCGACGGUCCGGAAGAGUGUGACCCUGCGAUUGCCAACUCUGGCGUGUGCUGCUCGGCAAGGUGCGUUGCGAUGGCCGACGCGGCCCCUUGCGCCGACGACGGGCUCUUCUGCACUGGCGCCGAGCAGUGCAGCUCAGGCGUGUGCACCUCGUCAGGCAAUCCCUGCCUUGGCGGCGGCGAGUGUUCGUCGACGUGCAACAACACGCUUGCGACGUGUAACUUGCCCAACACAACACCUUGCAGCAGCGGGGUGUGCGCGACCGGAGUGUGCGGCAACUUUACCGUCUGCUCAAUCGCGGCCGACUGUAGCGGACUGGUGCCGAGCAGCGACUGCGCCGUCUUUGUCUGCAGCGUAAGCAUCUGUGUCGAGACAAACGCAGCCGACGGCACGUCGUGCAAUGGCGGCAAUGGGGCAUGUUUGGGCGGUGCAUGUAGUCUCUUCGCCUCACCGCCACCACCUGCGAGCAGGCCGCCGUCCUCACCGCCAUCGCCGUCGCCAGGAAACGGCACCGUGGGCGAUACCAAGGAGGAGAACACGGGCCCGUUCUCGUCGAUGGGAGUGCCGGACAGUGUCGUUGGCAUCCCGUCGUGGAUUGUGGUCUCGAUUGGACUUACUCUCGUGCUCUCGCUCCUCUGCUGCUGCGCCAAGCGGCUCCGCGGACGGCGAUCAUCAGCAAGCGUCCGGCCCAUGCCGCCACCAAACAGCAGCGGCCAUGCAUCCGGAUUUCAGUACGAUGCCAGGAAGGCUGGCGGUGAGCACGGCUUGCGGCGGGAGGCGACUCGGCAUUAUACGCCGCAUCGGCGUGACUCGGGUGUGCGGUAUGAGUCGUCCGGCUGGGGCUAA